GGAGGAGCCUCGGGGAGAGGAGACGGGCCUUUCGCCCUUUCCGUCAGCGCGCGCGCAGGACGGGCCAGAAAAACAGGAGCCAAGCGUGCAGUCGCGUAUAAAUGCACUUGGAGAGCAAAUGGAUCACUAGGGCGUUGGUGCGAAGCCCACACACAAACCCGUGAAACGAAAUCUCAGCUGGGACUUGCCAGCAGAUUGUCUCUCUUCUCCGGAGAGAGCCGAGGAGCCAGCCUCGGCGCCAGCGUCGUCUGCCGCGGGUCGAGCGUGUUCGUCUGCUAAAUCUUGUUGUGGUUCUCCGUGGAACGGCGAUGAUGGGAGCAUCUUUCCUUCUUCGAGUCGUUUGGAUGUUGCUGCCGCUUCUGUGCGUGCUUGGUCGAGAGCUAAGUUCGCGGGAGUUCCUCGGCUGUCCAGCGCCGCGAUCUCCGGACAACGGAUUGAGCUUCAUCUUCAACGAGGGCCGGAUCGUCCGGUACCGCUGCCAUCCGGGCUACAAGCUCCGGGGACAUCCCCACGCCGUCUGCACAAACAGCCACUGGAACAGACCGGCGCCUCUGUGCCUGGCCAAGAACGGAACACGUCGUGACACAGCUCACGCUGGUCACGACAAGACGAAGCCAGAGCACAACACUGCGUCUCGACAGCCUUUCGACUGGAGUCCCCUAUACGGCAGUGAGGACGCCAAACUCCCCCUGAUAAAUGGUCAGUGGCGCCGGCCGCACCAUCGGGGAAGCCGGGUCUUCUCGCUCGGCCCACGCUCCAGUAGCGAGGAAGACACGCCUCAAAAGUCAAUGCUGGAGCAGCAACUCAUUGAGGAGGAAGUCAAAAUUGCCGAGAUGCGGCAUGACCAGGAACAGCAUGUUCUUAGCAGCAGGAAUCAGGCCAAGGAUAUCACGGAAGGAGGAGUUGAUGACGCAACGGCUGACGUCGCCGGUGACGAAGACGAGGAAUUCAAUGACGUGCGUCCUUCAUCGUCUACAUCGGAACCUCACCAUGCAAAACACUCUGCACACAGUGGAUCUCAUACGGUGGGCACGUCACAUUCGGAUGACGGCAGUAACGAGCAGCGGACUAGAAGGUACUACAGAUGGAAAGAAGACGAGCCUAAGCCCCAUGCUGCAAGAUACUAUUCUUCUCGACUAGCUCAUACCCGGAAGUCAUCCGGUGAAUCUUCGGUGAAGUCGGACUCGAUCCUACAGGCUCAGAGUAAGGAAGACGAUGACAUACCGACGUCCACGGAAUCUCCGGUUGUCCACACGUCUUCCUGGCUGAAACAGUCUGGCCCGCGGGAGGUUUUGAGGAGUCCAUCCGACAUCUCAGACUACUGGAAAAGCAACUCUGGCGGCUACAGCUCUGAGAGGCAUGAUCCCUUGGAUAGCGAAAACAGGAAGUCCCACGGAGAAGUAGUCACCGAACACACUACGGAGAAGCCCAAGAGCCGCGCAAUCAAGAGGAGCUACCUGCACACCGACGCCGACUACGAAGACGACGACGACGAUGAUGACGUCGACGACGACGAUGAACCUCCAAGGUUCGGCCGUGGCGACACUCCCGCGAGGCCUAUCAGGGACGACCGGAAACCAUACGGUGACGAAAAACCUACGGUGAGGUUUGACGACCGUGGCGACACUCCUGCGAGGCCUAUCAAGGGCGACCGCGAUCCAUACGACUCUGCGGGCCGCUCGCUUUCGACGUCUUCUCCAGUUGACUUCUACGGAAGGCCGGUUCAGGUCUUAACCGGGGAAAAAGCACAUCAGCAAGAGGAACUGCUCCGGCGGCAGUACGAGAGGGCACAGAGGCGUAAGGCGUUCGAACAGGACAUCUUAGAAGAGGAAGCUAGGGGACGUCCCGAAGAAAAGGCCCCAAUCAGGUUCGACCCCCCUCCGAGAGGCGACAACGAGCCAAUCACGUCCAGACCAUUUGACUACUUCGGAAGGCCAGUACAGGUACACACUGGAGAGAAGGCUGCUCAGGCGGAGGCACUGUUGAGGGAGCAGUACGAAAGGGUUCAGAGCAGGAUGAGGGAAAACACGCGACUGCAAGAGGCUAGAAGACCCCCUGAGGAGCAGACGUUCCACAGGCAGCCCCAAUUGCCACAGAGAGGCGACAUACCGCUGAGGGAGAGGGGAGACAGGGAGGAGGUGACGCGUGAAUCACCGCGCCAGCUUGUCACCUCCCGCCCCUACGAUUACUUCGGCCGUCCAGUUCAGGUGCUGACUGGCGAAAAAGCGGCGCAGGCUGAAGAGAUGCUUCGGAGACAGUACGAGCAGUACCAGCAGCAGUUGAACAGCAGGAGAGACAGAAACCAGGAGGAAGCCGUUGGACGCCCGGUAGAGUUUGAAAGGCGGCCCGUUCAGCCAUCUUCGGGAGAGGUUACUUCGUCGCCAUUUGAUCAUUUUGGAAGACCAGUCCAGGUGCUUUCUGGAGAGAAAGCCGGCCAACAGACAGAGUUGUUGCGACGGAUGUACGAGAGGGCUGAAUCAAGUAGGAACAUUCAGGAGUCGAGGAGAAGGCCCGUCGAAGAAGUGCACAGGUCUCCUCGCGAGCACAGACACCGACACAACCACGGGCAAGAACAGGCCACGGACUACGAGUCCUCGAGGGAGUCUAGGGGACCAGCCGCGGAAGGAACGAGUGGAAGUCUGCGCUUGAGUAAAGAGGACAUGGAGUUGAUGAGCAAGCUUACGCCAGAUGUCAGAGAGAGCUACUUGAAGGAUCUGCGCAAGGCCCGAAUGAAGGAAGAGACUGAUCCCGUGAGAGCGAACGAAUUUUUGAGCCGGUACCAAAACACCUGGAAGAGUAGAGCGUCCCAGCACACAAAGUCCCUUGACAAGGAACCGGCAAAUGAUGCCUCGAACGAAGACAACGUCGACGACAAGGACGACUACGAUGACGAGCUCCAGAACGACCAGCCGGAAGAAGACAUCCCGCUGACCACAGCAAGCACGGAGGACACGUCAUCCGAAUCGAGCGAAGACAACUCGACGAGGGACGCCACGGCUACCUUUACAUCCAGCAAGGCGUCCUACGACCAGACGUGCCUACGCGACCGAAAACAAGGAACUUCCUUCCUGAGUGCCCCUAAGGUCAAGCACGCCUACGUUUAUAAGUACGAACGCAAAGUGCUCACGAAGCCGCCGUACUCACAUUAUGUCCUGGCGCGGUAUAAGUGCCUUUUCGGUUACCGGUUCAAGUACGAGAAAGCGGACGCGCUGUACUGCAAGCAGAGAGAGUGGAUAGGUGAACAUCCUCACUGUGUCAGGGAGGAGAGUUAGACAAGACGCGUUCUUGUGAAAGUGCUGUAGUUGCUGUCCCUGCUGUCAGCUCUCUAGGAAGAUGCGCACUCCUGAUCUAGAGUUUUUCGGACCCAGUAUUUGUAGAGUCUUGAGGGCCCCCCACCGCCUGCUACGACGUUGAUCCUUUUGUAAACUAACGCCUGAAUGAAAGAACAAUCAAGUGUAGAUGACUUUGAAGUCGAACGUGUACGCAUUUGUCAUUACACUACAGUAAUCCAAAGAUCAGUGCACUUAGGAUGUGUAUAUGAUGAUACUCGCUGGGAGUCCAAAUUGUGGGUGUCCAAAGACGUCACUGCUCAAGGUUCAAGCUUGGAUCUAUACUAGAGCCUUUGCUUUCACAGUACCUGUUGGUUGAUAAACACGACUGUUCAAUGUGAAUGUUUCUGGGUCUAACAGUCGUUCAAAUUAAGGAUGCGCAAUAACUUACAUAGCAUAACAAUGCGCGACUAGUAAGCCGACAACAGGGACAAGGUCCUUUAUAGAAGGACGCUACAGAUGACAGACGUUAGAAUAGUGAAGAGGUUCUAAAGAAGGUCUACCGUCAUCCGGGCCAAACGAUUGAUGAGAAUGUAGAUAUCUAGGAAACUGAAAAAGGAACACAGAACGUAGACACUGAAAAGGUACAAAGAUUAUGCAAAGCGUUGCGGGCAGUUUACUUUCAAGCUAGUGCACUAUUUUUUUAGAUGCCCUUUGUUUCAUUACUCAUUUUAUGCCACUGUGCCUCGUUUGCCUUCUGAUGUGAGACGUUUUCGUCGUGUGGUUUCGUCUCUUGUAUGUUCAUCAGCCGUGCUGUUUUCAUAGUGAAUUAAUGUCCAGUUUAGGCAAAAUACGUCCUUUUAUAUGUACAUAAAGAAUGAGCUUUUUUGUUUCUUUUUCUUGGGAACGAGAUGCCCUUUAACAAGCUGCCAUUUUUAUGAACCGCCAGCGCUCGCGCCUUUCAUACCGGAGCGCACGGACGUGCCGUCGAGCGCGAGAUGUCGUAUUUAUUUACAAGCUUGAAGUGUAUAAAAGAUGUUUUGUUGUAAGCGAUUUUCGUGACAAUAAAUGCUUCAAACUACUA